AUGAAAGGUUACAUUAUUGCUCUUAUAGUAUGUGGCUGCGUCGCUAUAAUCGCGGUUGUUCUUAUCUUAUGUUAUAUUCAAAACCGCAAAAAGAAAAAAACGUGGUCUCCUCCACCGCGUCCGCCGGUAAGAGACGUUGAAAAAGGUAGAAGCAGUGUCGCAAGAGAUGGAGGGCUUGUUGUUUUGACAGGCACUGCUGACACCACAGCCGUUGUAGCUACGGCUGUAACCACCGGAACCUCCGAUGAAAUUAGUGGGGGUGGAGGAGGCGGGGAAGGUGGAGGAGACUGUGAUGGUGGUGGAGAUGGUGGAGGAGGAUGUGGAGGUUGCGGUGGUUGCGGCGGUUGUGGCGGGUGUGGAGGUUAA